AUGAGGGCUUUUUUGCCUACAUUGCUUUGGGUGACAACCCUUAGCUCACUUGCCAACUCUGAAUUUCUCUCAGCCCUCCAGGCCUGCCCCCAGGAGUGCGGCGAUGCAGUGGGCGAUUCAUCCAAAUGGACGCAUUACAGCCGCGUUAGCAGACUUGCUGUAUGUGACGAGACAAUGCUUCUCGAUUUUGCAAUUCAUAACCCUCUACGCAACUCUGAGACGCCGAACAAACUGCUCGCCUGUACGCUGAAAGAUGGCGGAAAUGUUCACAGCGACAAGUCAUUCUCUUCAUGCGAUUCCGGAAACGAGAUUGAAUCAUUUGAGGCCUCCUCUGAUUUAGUUCAAUCUGGCGAAAACGACUUCACGGACUCUGAUAUGGUUAUCAACACUGUGAGGACACUGCAUUAUCAGCUUCAAGAAAAGUCUGGAUGCAGAGCUGCAGUCAACUUUGCUUCCCGGGACGAAAUAGUUGUUGGUCUUUACGCCGGCAAUCAGCUCGAGAGGCAAAGUGUUGCCGAAAACUUCCUCCCGAAGAUUAUUGAAUAUUUGCAAGAGCACUCUAUGCCAGAUCGUCUUGCACUUCAGCAUUGUGCGAAAGAUUCUGCUCAUACCGUGGGUGUGGUUAUCGACACUGCUGGAGAUUAUGCUGGUGUGCAGGAAGUGGUCAGGGAUUGGAGCCAAGCAACAUGCCCUUCUGACUGGAACAGCAAAAAAGAAGGAUGGGCUACUGUCAGUCUGAAGGCCAGCCAAGAACAUCCUGAAAAUGCCACCCGAUCCUCAAAGCUCGCCACGAGAGAUACCUGUGACUACCGCACCAUCAGUUCCGGUGACACCUGUGUCAGCUUGGCCAAGGACUGUGGAAUCAGCGCAGACGACUUCCUCAAGUUCAACCCCGAGAACGACUUUUGCACCUCUAUUACUCCGGGAGAAGCUUUUUGUUGCUCUGCGGGUAAUAAGCCCAAUCUCCGCCGCAAGCGAGACGAUGAUGACACCUGCAAAACAUACACAACCGUCACAGAUGACAACUGCUACGAUAUCGCCAAGGCCAACGAUAUCACGCAAAAAGACAUCGAGUCAUGGAACAAGAACACAUGGGGUUGGACCGGUUGUGGUUCUCUUGGAAUAAAGCAAAUCAUGUGUAUCAGCAAGGGCGACCCCCCACUACCCGCAGAGCUUCCAAAUGCCGUCUGUGGUCCCCAGAAGCUGGGCACCAAGAAGCCUACAGACGGAACAAAGCUUGCAGACUUGAACCCAUGCCCAAUCAAAGCCUGUUGCAAUAUUUGGGGUCAAUGCGGUACCACCGACGACUUUUGCACCGUCUCUGAAUCUGAAACCGGUGCGCCAGGAACUUCUGCCAACGGAACGGAUGGGUGUAUCUCCAACUGUGGCACUGAUAUCAGUGAUGGAAACACCCCUCUAGACGAGAUCAAGACGAUUAUGUACUACGAAGCCUGGAACUAUGAUCGCCCCUGUCUCAACAUGGAGAUCAACGAUAUGGUGAAAUAUAAGGGAAAUUUCACCCACGUCCACUUUGCCUUCGCCGGUAUAACCGAUGACUUGGAGGUCAAUGUCAGCUCUGUCCAGUCAGUUUUCAAUGACUUCAAAACAAUUAAGGACUUCAAGCGCAUCAUAUCCUUUGGUGGAUGGUCUUUCUCCACUGAGAUCGAUACAUAUCCAAUUUUCCGUCAGGGUGUGACUGACGCUCAACGGCAAAAGUUCGCUGAUAACGUGGUCAAAUUUGUCAAGGAUAAUGACCUCGAUGGUGUCGACUUUGACUGGGAGUAUCCCGGCGCUCCAGAUAUCCCUGACCUUCCUCCUGGCAGCAAAGAAGACGGCGCGAACUACGUCAAGUUCCUGAAGAUGGUCAAGAAACAGAUGCCAGAUGACAAGUCCUUGUCUGUCGCCAUGCCUGCUUCAUACUGGUAUCUUCGGGGCUUCGAUCCUCUUACUGACUUUGCCGAUGUCGUGGACUACGUCAUUUUCAUGACUUAUGAUCUUCAUGGUCAAUGGGACUACGACAACCCGUCUGCCGUUUCUGGUUGCCCGAAGGGUGAUUGUCUUCGGAGUCAUGUCAACUUCACGGAGGUAUUGGACGCCAUGACCAUGAUCCAGAAAGGAGGUAUGCCCGCCGAGAAAGUUAUCGUUGGCCAUUCCAGCUACGGUCGCUCAUUCAAGAUGGCUGAGAAGGGCUGUACGGGACCCAUGUGUCGCUAUACAGGCCCCAAGUCCGGUGCCUUGCCUGGUCGUUGCACACAGACAGCUGGAUACCUUGCCACUGCUGAGAUCAACGAGAUCAGAGCCAACAAUCCAAGCCAUAAGAGCUGGUUUGAUAAAGCGUCCUACUCCGACUUCUUGGUGUACAAUGACACUGAGUGGGUUGGAUACAUGAGUGAAGACAGAAAGGCAGAGCGCGAGCUACUCAUGAUUGCCGCUGGAUGGGGCGGAAUCGUUGACUGGGCCAUUGAUCUAGUGGACAUGUACACCCACCCAAGUGACGAGGAGAUCGAAGUGAAGCUUUGCACUGAUAACUUUGAUACAUUGGAAGAUCUAGCCGGGGCUGGCAAUGACGUUCCCGAAUAUUGCAUUGACAUUUAUGCACUGCAAAUUAUGAACAGUGACUUCAAGACCGCGAUGUCCACAUACAAUGACUUGCUUGAUGAUGGAUACGAUAGCAAGUUCGACACUUACGAGGAUUAUAUCAACAGCACCAUGUACGAUGAGCUCAGGGAAUACAUGGUUAACCACGCCGAGGACCGUUUUCACUGCGUUCCAUCCCCCUGCCCAGACAACCUUGAGCCAAGUACGAAUGGCGGCCAGACAUACAAAUUUGUGCUUGAUGACAAGGAAGGGUUUUUCAAGGACAUUUUCGACGAAUAUGGCAUUGACGAGUCAUGGAUCAAGUUCGGCGAAUUAUACGCCGGUGUCAGCUCUGGAGGUUGUCGCCCUACGCCGGAUGAUCCGAAAGCCUGCACUAUGUAUCAUAGUGGCUUCCCUAUUCGAGACAACGAGCAUAUGAAGAUUCCAAAUCCCAAAGAGACCAUCUCAGGCGCUUACAAGAACCUUACGGAUUUUGGUGACCAACUCGACGAUUCCGCAGCUGAUGCAGCAUGGUUCAUGUACGCCGAUGAUGUCGACGACGCAGUGGUCGCAGCAGAGCUUCCUCUCUUCCUAGCUGAAUCCGCUGUUAAGCAAAUGCAAAAGGUUGUCGAUGCUGCAGAUGACAUUGAUGCGGCGGAGAAGAAAUCUUUCAUCGUCAAUUUCGCAGCAUCUCUCCUGAUGUUGGUACCGGCCGUUGGAGAGAGCAUAGGUGCUCUGGGGCUGGCUACCAUUGGAAGGGUCGUCACUCUUGCUGGCGAUGUUGGCAACGCUGCUUUUGGUGUAUACGGUGUUGUUGAAGACCCUCAAAGCGCAAUCUUUGGCGUUUUCGGUGCUCUCAUUGGAGUAAGGGGUGAGCGUGGAUUUUCUGACGCUGCUGAAUCGAGACGUGGAAUGUCAGAAAAAGAAAAAUCGGCCUUGGGCAAGUAUUUUCAGGAACGCACGGAUCAAGUUGAUGCCGUGAAGAAACGGACUUGCCCCGCAUAG